AUGCGAACUUGGGGAAGGUCGCUGGUAGUAGCUGGGCUGGCUGCUACCCAGCUCACAAACGCAUACGAGCUCGAUUUGAGCUCAAAAGAAUCAAUCAAGGAUGUCGCACGAAGUAUCGCUGAAGACAUGAUGACCUUCUACACAGGAAACCUCCCUGGAGAGGUCCCAGGUCUUCUUCCCGAUCCAUAUUACUGGUGGGAAAGCGGUGCUCUGAUGGGCUCACUCAUUGAUUACUGGUAUUACACAGGUGACACGCGGUGGAACGACAUUGUCGAAGAAGGCUUACUUUUCCAAGUCGGCCCAAACAACGACUACAUGCCGCCAAACCAGACCUUAACAGAAGGAAACGAUGAUCAAGGAUUUUGGGGUAUGGCGGUACUAUCCGCUGCCGAAUACAAGUUCAAGGACCCGCCACGGGACAAACCACAAUGGCUUGCACUCGCCCAAGCAGUCUUCAACUCCCAGGCCGCUCGUUAG